AUGGCGGCAACAGGAGGACUGGCCCUGUCGCUCCUGGUCGUGACGGUCCUGCUGGUGUCGGCUGACGCGUUCGGAUAUCGCCGUGACAGCGUGAGCCCGUUCACCUUGCUGGCGGAGCGCGGCUGCCUGCCGGACAACUUCACCGAGCCAGCGGAGGUGACGGCGGCGCUGGCUGCCUGCCGCCCCCAGCGGUCGUCGUUCAGCGGGUUCGGGUUCCGCAGGCGCCGCGGCAGAUACAGGCGGUCACCAUUCGGGUUUUUCAGGCGCCAUCGCAGAAGUGGGGCUGGCACGCUCCUGCAGUGUCUGGCAGAACGGCUCGAAAUCACUAACAGCACCGGCCUGAACGUGCCGGCGCUGGAGACACUGAUCGACUCGCUCUCGUCCAACACCACGUGGACGGACCAGCAGAAGGCGAACGUGAAUGCCUGCGUGAGCGCGAUGGACGCCAGCCUAAGCGCGCCGCAGCAGGGCGUCUACAUCCUCGCCUGCCUGAAGAAGCGGGCGCUGCUCGACUGCACCGCCGCCUCCAGCGGCACGGCCUGCCUGCGGGUCAGCUCGCUGAUCAGCCACUGCAGCGCCAGCGCGCGCUCACUCGUCUCCAGGACCACCUGGUGGACCUGCAAAAUGGGGUCUCUCUCGUCGAUCACGCUGGCUGGCCUCAAUGCGCUCGGCCAGCGCCUGCUGGGCUCCUCGGGGGAGACGUGCACCCUCGCAGACGACGCCUUCAGCGACGUCAUCAACUGCACGCUGCAGGCGAGCGGUCUGGCCAGCGGCGACGACGUCAACACCACUGCCGUCCGCCUCGCGAUCGAGGACAGCGGCGACGCGCAAUCCGACAAGGACAUGCGACUCGCCCUGCUGGACGCCUGUGUGGAGCGCGGCGCCGAGACGGUCGCCGAGUUCAUCGACUGCUGGGGCGAACUGGCGCCGUACUCGUGCGCCAACGAUGACGCUAACCAGCUGGCGCUGUCCUGGCAACCCUCGGCCCCUAGAAACAACAGACGCUUCGGAUCCCGCAGACGCUUCAGCCGCAGGCGGUGGGGCCGCCGUUAGCGGAGGACAGGACGAGAAGGCAGGCCCUGAGGAGUCGCUGCCCCACGAUGACGUCCUCCACUUCGACAUAGCUUCCCAGCUUCACGUUGUUUGGCCUCCAUUUCAAGGCAUCCGGACCAGCGGCAACGUCACGGCUUGUGGGACAUUUUCACCCAAUAAUUGCUCCAUGUUUCGUUUCCCUUGUUAGAAACCAUUCACAUAGUUUUCUGCCCGACGGCGCCAUGGCCGGCGCCCAGCACCACUGAGAAGCUCUGUCAACAAUUUGGUUCGCUCUGGAUAAAUACACAGAUCACCAUCUCA